AUGGCGGUGGUGGCGGUGGUGGCGGUGGUGGCGGUGGUGGCGGUGGCGGCGGUGGUGGCGGUGGCGGUGGCGGUCAUGACGGCGCUUCCGGAAGCAGCAGAGGCUUACCGCCGCGAGUUCUGCUUCUUUGCCAUUCCCGAGCCGCCGCCGUUGGAUCUGAUUGUGGCAUCGCGGGCGGAGCUGGCAGCCAUGUCGGCCCGCACCGUCGCUCGGCUCGUCCCCAAUCCGCCGCCGCAGCGGACGUCAUCGCGGCUCGAUCACGACGUCCUGGUCAACGAGCAGCCAUCGGCGUCGCACAUAUGCGUUGAGUUUGCCGCAGCAACAGCCGCCUUUAUCUCUGCCCGCUGGGUCGUCUCGCCCAUCAUCGGCGUCAAGCUCAUGGCCAUUCUGCUGCAGCUUCGCGCCCCGCUAGCGGCGACCGACAGCCUCACCGCGGACCGGCGUGCUGCGCUCGAGCUCGCACUCGCCUCGCCAUCGCUUGCGCCGGCAUACCUCCGCAAAAAGUCUGCCAAUGUCGACCCGGCGGUCGUUUUCAACCUGCAGCGUUCCAAGGCCACUACGUCGCCGGACGCCCUGCGCGCCGAGUUUGUUAAGGCCAUGAUGUACUCGCCCGACUUUGGCGUCGAGUUCUUCCCAGUCUCCAUCUACUACACCACCGAGUCGGUGGUCAACGUCACCACCCUCCGCACCCGCAUCCUCGGUGUCUCGCGCAACGGCAUCACCGUCCACUCGUCGCGAUCGCGCAAGCAGCUCGAGGCCUACCCACUUCUCGCCAUCGGCGCCGUCGAGACCCGCAACGACAAGUUUGCCAUCGACGUUGGCUCCGACGCCAAGCUCGUCGGCCGCUGUGACGGCCCCGACGUCCAUCGCCUUGCCGCUGCCCUCGAGUUUUACCUCGGCUGCGCCGCCCGGCUGAUGGGCGACUCGCGCGCUGGUGCAAGCUCCGCUACAGCCCGCAGUCCGACUCGCGCUGGUCAGGGGCCGGCGCUGUCGUCCGCGCCGCGAUCACGGCUCUCGGCUGGCCCGCUUGCUGCUGUCGAGCGUAUGUCGCUCCAGUCGAGCACCGACUACCGCGACGAAGCCGUCGAUGUCGUCGUCUUCUCGGUCUUUCCUUUCCGUCCGUCGCUUGGCGACGAGCUUGCCUUCUCGCCAGGCGACGCCAUUGUCCUCCUUGAGUCGUUUGAUGAUGGGUGGGGCCUUGGCACUCUCCGCAGCGGCGUUGAGGGCAUGUUCCCGCUCUCCUACACGACCCCGUCACCGCAGCUCCCGGCGUCUAUCCGGACAAGGCUGCUGCGGACCGGCGCGUUUAUCACAAAGCCUGCUGCCGCUCGCGCCACUGUCGGCGGGGCGGCAGCUACGUCUGCCGCCAAAGCCAAGCCGGAUCGCAAUCGCAACCCACAUGGCAAGGCGCCGCCGCCGGCCAAGCCGGCCAAGACCAAGUCGCAGCCGCAGCCCAAGACUCAGGCGUCGCCGCUGUCGUCCACGCCGCCGGUCGUCGUUGCUUUCCGGCCCGGCCGCAAGACAUCCAUGAUGGGCCGCGGCGUUGCAGACUCGGCGCGGGCUGCGUCUCCGGCCCUGGAGCUUUCGUCAACAGCCUCGACGUCUGUUGCGUUUCGUCGCGACCGACAGUCGUCGAUCCACUUGGCUGGACGGCCGUCCGCUGCCAACUCGGUCGGCCCGCCGCCGCUAUUGGGCAAAGGCCUGCAGGUACCAGCCCCCCAAAGGCACGACCAAAGCGCGGUUGCCUCGGCGCAGCGUGCCUCCGAACCGGAGCUUGCCAUUCCCGAGCCGAUCUCGAUGUCCGAGGCCGAGCUCGACUCGGUCCUCGUGCUCAUCGAGACUCGGGUCCGUGAGGAUUCGGCUACCUCGGAUUCGGGGCGCGGUGAGAGCGGCGGCGACGAAGCGGCGGGCCUCGACGUCAAUUGGGAGCCGAGUGUGGAGCUCGCGCUCGACAGCGCGUUUGUCGACAACGAUUGGGGCAACGAGCUCGCUUCAUCGCCGCACACCCUCUGGGCGCCGUCUGCAGAGUCAGCUGUCUCGUUUGCCUCGCUCGACGCCGACGCUGCCCUCGCCACCGUCGAGUCGAGCUCGGUCGACGGCGCGCCCAACGACGCGCUGGCGGCGCUCGACGCGCUCAUGGUCGAGUUUGACGACAUCAGCAGUCUCAACUCGUUUAUUUGA